AUGCCACCAACAUUUGUCGAGUCGCUCAUCGCAGGCGGCGCUGCGGGUACUGCCGUAGACCUUUUAUUCUUUCCGAUAGACACUCUUAAAACGCGUCUCCAAUCUGCACAAGGCUUUACACACGCUGGAGGAUUUAAAGGAAUCUACAAAGGAAUUGGAAGUGUGGUGGUCGGAAGCGCACCAGGAGCUGCUGCUUUUUUCUGUACAUACGAUACAAUGAAGAAGACACUUCCGCUUCCUGACCAUCUUGCUCCUGUCAAGCACGUUGUGUCUGCGUCCUUGGGCGAAAUUGCAGCUUGUCUGAUACGCGUUCCUACAGAAGUGAUCAAGACACGAAUGCAGACUUCUAGCUAUGGUACUGGACUAUCCUCAUUUGCGGCUGCCCGAAUUCUUUGGACAAAUGAUGGAUUAAAGGGCUUCUAUAGAGGUUUCGGUAUAACCGUAAUGCGAGAGAUUCCUUUCACCUCACUUCAGUUUCCAUUAUACGAACUUCUCAAACUGCGUCUGUCCGGUGCUCUAGGACGAAAGCCGCUUUAUGCUCAUGAGGCUGCCAUAUGUGGAAGUAUCGCCGGCGGAUUCUCAGCAGCAGUUACAACCCCUUUGGAUGUCCUAAAGACAAGGGUUAUGCUUGACAUGCGGGAUCCAACCUUGCCUUCUCCUAGCUUGUUAUCCCGCUUUCGUACAAUUUAUGUUGAGGAGGGCACGAGAGCACUAUUCGCUGGGGUAGCCCCCAGGACGAUGUGGAUCUCCGCCGGAGGUGCUGUGUUCCUCGGGGUUUAUGAGUGGGUCGCCGGUGGCUUAAUGAGCUCUCGUCAUGAUACGGAAAAAUAA